AUGCCCAAAAACAGAAAAAACCCCCGAGAUGCAUCCAAGCUCUCUGGCAAACCCUUGGCCGACACCCUCGAGCCGUCUCCCAUCCUGAGCCCCGAAUGGACGACCUCGCGCGACCUGAUCGAGCACGACCUCCCCUUCUCUCCGGAGGUCAUCAAAGACCUCACUGUCUUCCUGCUGGAGAAUAUCAACAUCAAUGCGACGCACCUCUUCCGCGCCGAUAUCCUCUAUGACAGUUGGGGUGCGCUAAGCACCCCGCAGCAGAAAGCGCAGUCGUUCGCGCAGGCGGGGAAUCCCAAUCUCGAAGACCCUGCCGUUGCGUCUCCGGCGCACAAUGACCUCCCUGGGAGUCAUGUCGACGAGCGCGUCGGUCCCCUCCCGGCCAUCGAUGUGCCCGGCUUCGCGCUCACCCGCACGGUGGUCCGCAAUUUGAUUCCCCGGAAUCCCAAGAUCGACCGGCCGCUGGCGCAAACGUGCCAUUUCUACGAAGCCACAAACAGCACCGCAACCUCGACUACAAACCGCUUCCUAAUCAUCUACAUCCCCCACCUCACCACAAAAGAAGAAGUCCCCUUCUACCACCCUCUCCUCCGCGCCCUCGCCACCCUCUACGACUUCACCGACACCACAUCCCCAGCCGUACCUCCCUCCGACCACCCCCCGGCUAAGAAAGGAUCAGGCACCCUCUCCCUCCACUUCCUCCUCUUCCCCAACGAACCAAUCCCCACCCGCCUCGAACGCACCCUCCACGCCCUCCUCAGCACCCAAAUCCGCCUCGCGCGCGGCACCCGGCUCGCCGACAAACCCCCCGGCGCAACAAGCGGCAACACCAACCCCAUAAAGGACAACGUCAUCCCGCAGCACCUCGUGCAAAACACCUACCUGCGCAUCAAGCUCAAGUACGCGCCUGCUCUGUGUCGCGACUGGGUGGAGGAUACGGAGCCGUCGAAGCAUGUUUUUGAGGAUUUGGCCAUCGCGGCGUUCCUGAUUGAGUUGUGGAGGAGUAUGUACGGGGCUGUUCCGGGGGAUGAGAGAGACUCUACACAGAGUGGUGGUGACUUUCCUGGCUUCGUGGACGUCGCUUGCGGGAAUGGCCUCCUCGUUUAUGUGCUCCUGCAGGAGGGCUACUCAGGCUGGGGCUUCGAUGCGCGAGCGCGCAAAACGUGGGGGAUUUUUCCGGCUGACGUGCGCGCUCGUCUCCGCGAGGAGAUAUACAUUCCGAAGCCAUUUGCCGAUGCCAUUACCAGCAACUCCGACUCCGUCGGAGAAGAAGAUGAUGAUGAAAAGUAUGACUUUGAUGUAGGCGUCCCAACACACACCGGCUCCUUUCCCGCAGAUACAUUCAUCAUCUCGAACCACGCGGACGAACUCACCGUGUGGACACCUCUUAUGGCUGCUCUCGCGAAUCCGUCCUCGCCGUUACCGUUCUUGGCUAUACCGUGUUGUUCGCAUGCGUUGUCUGGGGCGAGACAUCGGUAUCCGCCUCCUAAGGGGAGUAACAAACACUCGAAUAAGAAAAACGCCUCCAACGGACCAUCCCACGAUCAUAACAACGAGAACGAACACGAAAACGAAAAUGAAGAUGAAGAUGAAGAUGAACAGCCAACAUCAGGCGACCUCGCCGCCCUCCGGCAGAAGAAACAGCAAGCGACGGACCCGUCGAACGCAGGCUUCGACUCCUCCAUGUAUGGCUCUCUGACUGCCAAGACAGUCGCCGUUGCGACGGAGGUCGGGUAUGAUGUGGAGAGGACGCUGUUGCGGAUCCCUAGUACGCGCAAUAUGGGCGUUUUGGGCGGGAGAGUUCGCACGACGAGGGAGUGGUGGGUUAGGAGGGGUGUUAACAAUAACAAUAACGGUAACAAUGGCGGUGCUGCUGGGGUUGGACAUGGUCAUGGUCAUGGUGGUGAGGGUAGUAGGUCUGAAGGUGAAGGUGAAGUCCUGCAGAAAGCAACACACCUAGUGCAAAAAGAAUGCAGAACAGAAGGUGGCGUCGAAGCAGCGGCUAAGAUUUGGGUUGAGAGGGCGAGGGGCUUACAUCGGGGUCAGGGGAGGGGGAAGCAGCCUAAACAUUGA